GAAUAUUUCCAAGAAUUUCAACGGCUGUUGUUGACAAUGGUUCAGAGUUCAUUAAAGAUUAUUCUUUAAGACGCCAUUAUUAUGGUCAAGCAACUGGUGCGCAUCACUGGUUAGUUUCGGACAUAGAUCAAGUAAAUAAACAUGAUAUGUCGCCGUCUAAAAUAUCUGAUGAGAUAGUAGAAGUCCAAAAGCGAAAAGUUCGAGCAUCAUUGGCUCACAUUGAGAAAAGAAUACUUAACAAUGAUCAUGUUUUUAUUAAAGAAAUUAGUUCUACAUUACAUUUAGCAGCUGGUUUGUUGAUUGCAUUUUCAAAGCUUGAUGAAGACCUUAUUCAUUUUAUUGUAUGGAUUCCCGUGUAUUUAUUUUCGUCCGAAUCCAUUAAAUUGGGCGCUGAAAUUUGGAAUUGGAUAAUAAAUGAAAAACCUAUAUUCGAGCGUAGAAUUAUGGUUGAAAUUGCAGAUGGAUGGACUUGGACU